UGCUUAGAUUAGAUUCUUUAAAUUUGAAGUUAUUAAAGUAACAUACAAAAAUUAUAGAGAUCUAAAAAAAAUCUAGAGAUAUGACCAUGGCUUCAAGUUCACCAGAGGAAGACGACACUGACACUAAUUCUAGUAAAAGUUCUAAAAUUGUAGAUAAGAUUAAAUCCACACCUUGUCUAAAGAAGUCUUUAACUUAUGGAAUCACAGGGGGAUUGGCUGUGGGAUUAACUCACUUUUUGUUCAAAAGCAAUGUCUCAAAAGCAAGCAACUAUGGUGUUGCAGGUUACUUUGUGUUUUUAUUUGGCACUUGGAGUGUAUGUAGAUACAAUUUGGCUGUCCAGAGAUUUCAAGCAGUUCAGUGGCAGAAAGCAAAUCAAAAAGGGACGUCCAACAUAGAAUUAGUAGACCCUAAGAAUGUCUGACAAGGAGGGCGAUUUGUUGUGACUGAAUGACUGCUUAAAAUGUGGAUUAUCUUUUCUGAUUGAGAUCUUUGAAAGUCUGUGCUAUAGGCCACAAUGUAUUUUUGUAUUAUGCUUACUUGGUUUGGAAGUGGAGAGGUAUGUCAGGGAAAAAUGACUGGUUAAUGUUCUUGAUUAAAUUGUGAUAAAAAAACUUAAGGCUUAUUGUUGACUAUAAAUAAACACAAUCAUUUAUAUUUUCAUACAAGAUUGUUUAUUGUGACUGAAAACAUGACAUACAAAAUUUAAAAAGAAAGAUUAGUACAUAUGAAUAAUUUAAAUAAUUUUAAUGUCAUCUGUUUUUUCAUCUGUGGAACUUUGAUUCACUUCUGAUCUGGGCUGCUUCUACAAACAAACAAAAAAAACAUACAUCCGUUGAGAUUAAUGCCAGUUAAUAAGUUAUUACUAUAUUUGUCCAGUAUAAAGGAUUAUUACUGAUUAUUCUUGGAUUGUGUAUCACAUUUCCUAUGUGGUGUUAUUAUUGUAUAUAUUAAACAUAUUAUUUGUGUCAGCCACAUAAUGAGUUAUUUCCUCAUUGACAAGAGAGGUAUGAACCUGCAAGUAUUCAUCCUGCCUACACUAUAUAACAUUAUAAUAUGAACCCAAUGUCACCCAGUAACCAUCUCAAAUAACCUGGUGACAUUUAUUGGUGUCAGAAAUGGGAUUUCACAUUUGAUUGGUGUCAAACUUGGCUUAAUUUUUGAUGAUCUCACAGUCUACUUUGUAGAAAUAGGACUUCACCGCUGGUGACAUUUACUUGUGACAGAAGUGUGUAAAUUUUUUAGAUAGAAGUAACAAUCUACAUUUUGAGUCCAAUAAAUCAAAAGUUAUAUGCUUUAAAGUGACAUUUUGAUAGUCAAUAAAUAGCACCUACUUUGAAGUGAUGAAAAUUUUUUUUGUUUUUAUAAGUACCAAUUUUUGUCUUAUAAAAAAAGUGCAUGCAUUUUCCUUUAAAUUGAUACCAAAUAUAUCAUUUUCAAAUAAUAAAAGACUGACAAAAGUUUAA